UUUCUUUUCGGCGGUGGACGAAGUGCCAUUGUCAGCUCGUGAAAUUAGGAGAGAAACUGAAAAGGAUAGUGUGAUGAAAAGAGUGUUGUUUUUCACACUGAACGGAUGGCCUUCACAUGUGGAUAAUGAGGCAUUGCAACCGUACUUUGUGCGCCGUCACGAAUUGUCGGUUGACCAAGGGUGUGUAACAUGGGGAAAUCGAGUGAUCAUUCCCGAAGUGUUUAGGGAAAAAGUGUUGUCCCUGUUGCACGAGGGACAUCCAGGCACCACCAGAAUGAAAAUGCUAUCACGUAGUCACGUGUGGUGGCCUUUGAUAACAUAUGAUGUCGAAAACACUGUCAAAAACUGUAGUACUUGUCAACUAACGCAGAACGCGCCACCACGUGUUCCAUUAUUAACGUGGGGUUGGCCAACGCGCAGAUGGCAAAGGGUGCACCUUGAUUUUGCAUACCGGGAUCAGAACUGGUUUUUGAUUGUCGUAGAUGCUCAUUCAAAGUGGGUAGAGGUGUUUCUAACGAGUUCUACUACGACAAAAUGUACUAUCGAAAGAUUGCGAAGUGUUUUCGCCGCGUUUGGACUACCAGAAGAGGUAGUGACAGACAAUGGACCCCAGUUUGUGGCGACAGAGUUCGUAGAGUUUCUGUCGAUGAAUGGGGUACGCCACACGAAAAGUCCUCCGUACCAUCCCGCCUCAAACGGAAGCGCGGAACGGUGUGUGCAAACCGUCAAGCGGGACCUCCUGAGGCAGGUAAUCGACGAGCAACGGACGGGUGUACCGAAAUCGAUGCAACAUCGAGUCGACCAGUUCCUGUUUGCAUACAGAAACACCCCAACUGGUACGACCGACAAAACUCCAGCCGAGCUGUUUCUCUCUUGGAAGCCUAGGACCCGUCUGAGCUUCCUUCAUCCUGAAAUGGAGAGACGCAUGAGAGAUCGCCAGCAACAAAUCAAGACAGCCGCCGACAUGAGAAGAGGCUCUUGGCGAACUUUCGAAGAAGGCGACCAAGUCCUCGUCCGGGGAUCACGUCCGACAGAUCCUGCAUGGUUGGUGGGACGUGUUAUGAAGAAAUACUACGUGCAUCGGGGCACCACCAUCGGCUCCUAUCAAGCAGAAAAAAUAAUGAAGCAGGCCAAACCAACCAUGGUGAACAAAGAAAUGGCGCAAGCGGUUUGGCGUCACGUGGGACUUGUGGUGGUCCAGAAGGAACUGAGUCCCUUCAACGUUGGCCUCGUCAUCCUCAUAGAGACAGUGCAACAUUGGGGACACCAGAACAAGGUGCAUGUUCACCAAGUCAUCACUAACAUGUCGACAACCCUGUCACAAAAGAUCCAGAACUCCCGAAAAGCUCUGAGGUGCCUGGGCUUUGAAGAUUUUUCAUCAUCAGUCCAAGUGCUUCUACUCUACAAGCACUCUCAACUGCAAAAUAAAACGAGCAAAAAUGAACUGAAAAUGCGAAUAAGACGUCAGCAGGUAAAUGCAGCAUUCGUUAUGCAUCACUCAAUGUUUAACCUGGAUUACCUGGUGCGAUAA